CAUAAGUGGAUAAAAAAGUGGCAGCCUGGCAGGAGUGUAGAAACCAAUGACCCAUGAACAAAAAAAGGGAAAAUUGUCAAAUAGGUCCUCGAACUUUCAUAAAAAAGUCAAUUAAGUCCUUCCAUUGAGACUUUGUCCGGUCGUCGCGAUUUGGGGCGGUUCCCGGUGGAAUUUUUUGAUGAAAUUUUUUGAGCAUCUUAUUCAUCAAGUCUAGUUUACUCAUAUCAAAUUUUAGCUAAAAAUUUAAUCGGGAGCGCAUUCAAAUUAAUUCGAGAACGCAAAAAUGCGCAGUUAUCUUCAAGAAUUAAUUUGAAUGUGUUCCCGAUUGAAUGUUUAGCUAAAAUUUGGGAUGAGUAUACUAGACUUGGUGAAUAAGAUGCUAAAAAAUUUCAUCAAAAAAUUCCACCGGGAAACUACCCCAAAUCGCGACGGUUGGACAGAACCUCUUAUAGAAGGACUUAAUUGACCUUUUUAUGAAAGUUCGAGGACCUAUUUGACAUUUUCCCCAACAAAAAAUGGUAAAAUUGUUUAUGCGCAGCACGUUUCUUAUGUUCGAGGACCUUAUGACCGUUGAACGGUUGAAGAACGAAACAAAGAAAUGGAAACAAGGAUAAAGUUGUCCAAUAUUAGUGAAAUUUCGGUGCGCGCAGCACGUUUUUUUUUUUUUUACUGUACUCGAAGCACCGUAGUUGGAAAACCACCCUUCCAUUUACAGGAAAAUCACCCUUCCAUCGUAGGAUUGUAAAAACCAGCAGCCGCCGAUCUACUUCGACGCGCCGCUCUGUUUCUCCGCCGUCACUCAUUGAGGUUGCCGACACCGUUCUGCCCAAGUCCCUUUGUCGUUGUUCUCGCCAAUAGCCAUGAAGGUGCGAUCAUCAGUGAAGAAAAUGUGUGAGUUCUGCCGUACGGUCAAACGACGUGGGCGAGUAUAUAUCAUAUGCUCAGCUAGUCCCAAGCAUAAGCAACGACAGGGCUUAUGGACAUUUGCAUAUGAUGGAUCAGUGCCUAGCACUUCUAUAGUGUCAAGUACGAAUCAGGAGAUGUCACCCAGCAACAGCAUCACCAGUGGUCUGCCUUCCCUUAUAUCCAAAAAUAUUGAAGUAUCAGUUACACCAUGGUGGAGAAGGGGUCUAGCUUCUAUUCUGCUCAAUCAGGAGGGCGGUAAGCAGUAGGAAAGACAACACAAGAAAUGUUUUCUGGUUUCUGAAUGUAUGUGUUUCCAUUCCAAUAGCUUACGGUUCAUGUUGUUUUCCUUGUGAACCUGGAUUAUCCAGCUAUUUUAGUUGGUGAUUGUCGGCCGUGAGUAACUAUGUUUUUAUCUUCCCCUUCUUUGGCGUGCUUCUGGACAUGCUCAAAAACUCUUUUAGUGGGUCAUAAACAACAUUUGUGCAAAUGUCAAAUGUGUUGAGCAUAAUUGGGCUUCCAUUUUCCCGCUUUUAGUAGAUGGUACAUGAAAAUCUGAUCUUACUGUUUUAAGUUUUACUGUGUAAUAUUGGGAUGCUUUGUUUAAGGUAAUGUUGACAACCAUCAAACACAUACGAG